AUGCGUCCACUAGAUGUCGCUGUUGCGUUUUUCAGAUUAAAAAAUGUGAAAGAGAAAAAAGAACAAAGAAAAGGCACAGGGAGCAUAAAGGAUGACCAGCCACCUGCAAAGGAUCUUGUGAAGAUAUUUGAAAAGGGUAACAGCUCCUUCAGAAACACAGGGGAUGUUUCUGAUAACAGUCACAGUAUCACAUUGAUAAAAGAAGAUCAAAAGACUCUGAAUGUGAAACUGACAGGGAGCAAGUUCCUUAGCUCUGCUCCUCAACAGAAAGAAAAAAAUACUCUAAAAACAAAUUUAGAUUUUGUACUGCAGGAGAGUAAGGCAAAACCAGGUAAGGAAGUUCACAUCUGCAGUGCAAACAUAAGCUCAAGCCUCCUAUCAUUAAACUACCUCUUGCAAAGAAGUUCUCUAAGUCGUGAGACCAACAGCAACAAUGACACUUCAAAUAAAAAUGUUUUUCUGAAAAGAAGACUACCAGACUCUAGACCAAACCCACAGUUAUUUAAAGUGGCAGAGGAAACGGAUGAAGAUGCUGAGUGUGCUGCAGAAGGUUCAGGCAGUCAUUUUAACAACACUCUGAAGCCUACUGGCCAUUGUUCCAGCUCAUCUCAGUCACCUCCAAAAAGCUGAAGAAAAAGACUGAAAGAAGAAAUGAGUACUACUAAGAACAUCUUUCUCAAAAAAAACACUCAGGAAGAAUUAGGUUCUUACUCUGGUAUGUUCCAUCAGAUUAAUGCAGAGCUUGCUGCAGGAAGAUCAUCAGCUAGAUCACAAAAGAAAGAGGAUGGAGGCAACAGCUCAAUAAUCAUCAAGCGUAAAGUCUUGGCCCCACUGUGCAGGCUGGGCCAGCCUCCACAAAAGCCCAGAAGACCCUCCAACAUAUCGCUGGCAAAGUUCCAGAAGAGAAGCCCAACAGACUGUGACAAAAUUAAAGGUUUGAAAAAUACAUCACUUUCCUCAGCAGCACUCACCCAAGCUAUGCCUGCAUCACUCUCUGCUAGAGAGCUGCAACCUGCUUCCUCAGCCUCUCACCUCUCCCUGCCGUCCCUAGAAGCUCCUAGCCUGCCUCUCAGAAACAUCAAGCCCAGCUCUGAAACAAUAACUUCAGACAACCAAGAAAAUUAUGAUGAUGUUGAAUUUGUUUCACUGGGUCAUGGAGAUACAGAGAGGAACCAAGAAAGUGAUGUGGAGAUGUAUGAAGACAUCAGUGCAAUCAGAUCACCAAGGGAAAAAGUGAAAAAGAGAGAGGAGAAACAAAAGCGAAGAAUGGACCAAGAGAAGAAACAACAAAAGGAAAAAGAAAAGAAAGAGCAGGAAAUAAGGAAGAAGUUCAAUUUAAAAGGACCAAUCCAAGCCCUUCAUCAGGCAUGGGUUUCUGUUGACCACAAGGGAGGGAAGAAUGAGCUGACUGUCAAACAGGGAGAUCAGAUUGAAAUCAUUCGUCUUACAGACAACCCAGAAGGAAAGUGGCUUGGCAGGACCAAAAGUUGUUAUGGCUAUAUUAAAACAGCCCUGGUGGAGAUUGAUUAUGAUUCUUUAAAAAGAAUGCAACAACUAUCUACUAGUGCUGCUGUGAAAUAUCUGGAUGUAGACCAAGAAAAGAAUGAUGUUGAAGAGCACGACAGCAUUAGCAGUCAGUCUGGUGGUCAAAGUGGAGUUGGAAACACUUUCCCACCUCCUCCUUCUGAUCAAGAAAUUUAUCAUGGGAUUCAUGAUGAAGAUACCAUAGCUAGCAGGUCUCCUUCAACAGAAGAGUUUGGAAAAGAUCAAGGAGACAAUGAUGUUUAUGAUGACAUAGGUUCUUCAGACUUCCCUCCUCCACCACCUGAGCUUGAAUCAUCAAAAUCAGCAAGCCUUGGAAAAUACAAACAAAAAUCUAAACAUAUAGGAAAAGAAGAGACAGAGGUCAGAAAAAAAAUUGAAUUUGGAGGUGAAAUGAAAGUUCCUCACUCUACCAGCACAGUAUGUGACUUGUCCCAGAGAACUUUGGGAUUUAAAGACUUAGAAGUUAAACCAGGGAAGUCUCUUGAAAUUAUAGAAAAUAAGGAGCAUACCAAGGUUCUCUGCAGGAAUAAAGAACGAAAGUAUGGCUAUGUUUUACGAAGAAACUUAGUCCAGGAUGAAGGAGAGAUCUAUGAUGACAUUGGUGAUGAUUCCAUCUAUGAUAAUGAAUAA